CCCGGCGGCCCCACCCGUUCCGUGGGUGGUGCCAUCAAAAUGGCGGCGGCGGCGGGAAAUACGAGUUGUGUUGGUGGCUUGCGCUGCUGAGAGCGGAGCUGAGGCGCCAUGGAUGCUUCAGGCUGCAUGAAGUCCCUGCUCCUGGCAGCCACGCAGUAUCGGGCUGCCAAGACGGCUCCCAACGCGGCUCUCCUGCAGCGCAGUCUGGAGGUUAUCUCUGGACUGAAGCUUACACGAUUGUUUGCUUCAAAUCAGAUUCUGCCAAGUGAAUGUCUCAGUUGCCUAGUAGAACUGCUUGAGGAUGCUAAUAUAAGCCCAUCUCUAACCUUGUCUGUGAUUACUUUGCUGUCACAGCUAGCUUUAGACAAUGAGACUAGAGAAACUCUUCAAGAUACCUACAAUCUGACCAGCGUGCUGGCAGGAGUGGUUCAUCGAAGUUCUACUAAUCUUAGCGACCCAGUCUUAUUACAGAGUAUUCAGUUGCUGCAGAAGCUAACCUACAAUGUUCCUGUCUUUUCUGCUGGUGCCAACAUUGAUGAAUUGAUUUCAUUUCUAAUGCAACAUGUUCAGCACACUGAAGACGAGCUAACGAUACCGUGUUUGGGACUCCUGGCAAAUCUCUGUCGUCACAACUUGUCUAUUCAAACGCGGAUAAAAUCUUUGAAUAACGUGAAGAAUUUUUAUCGUACCUUAAUAAGCUUCCUUGCCCAUAGUAGCUUGACUAUGGUUGUGUUUGCACUUUCACUAUUAUCAAGCCUUACUUUAAAUGAAGAAGUAGGAGAAAAACUCUUUCAUGCUCGAAAUAUCCAUCAGACAUUUCAGUUGAUAUUCAAUAUUGUUGUAAAUGGAGAUGGUACUCUAACAAGAAAAUACUCUGUUGAUCUAUUCAUGGAUCUUCUGAAGAACCCUAAAGUUGCCGAUUAUCUAAGCAGAUAUGAGCACUUUACCUCAUGCCUUGGACAAGUAUUAGAUCUUCUUCAUGGAAGGGAUCCCAAUUCAUCAUCUAAGAUCUUAGAGCUCCUGCUUGCCUUCUGUUCUGUGAUAGAACUGCGUCAUAUCCUGCGGCAGGCAAUACUGGAACCAUCUGGCUUGCCAGUCUCUGGAAAUACCAGAUCUGUGACUCGCUCAAAGACUUUUGAACCAUCUGUUGCAUUGGUGCACUUGUCAAACCAGCCAUUGGAAGGCUCUGAAGACUCUUCUGUUCUAGCAUUGCAACUAUUCAAAGAGAUUUUUGAGGAUGUUAUUAAUAGUGGGAACAGUGCCUCAGCCGAGCAUUUUGUGGAUCUUUUGCUGCCUGUUCUUCUUGAUCAUCUUCAGAUGCCAGAACAGAUUGUGGAUGAGCUAUUAGUGAAGAAGUGUGAAAGAAUGGCCAAGGCUAUUAAUGUCCUGACAAUGCUCUGUAGAGAUGACAUACUGAAAAUGCAUGCCUCGAAGGUGCUGACUGCCGGCCAAUGCACGUCUCUAAUAGAACACCAGUUUACCUGUAGUGGGAUCGAUACUGGUUUUGGGACAAAAGUAGGGGACUCUAAAAUGUGCAAACUUGCUGCUGAUAUUAUUUUGAAAACACUUGAUCUUAUGAGCAGACUGAAACAGGAUGUACCUGGUAUGGAAGUCAGCUUCUACAAAAUUUUGCAGGAUCCACGCUUGAUUGCACCUUUGACGUUUGCUUUAACAUCAGACCACAGAGAGCAAGUCCAAGUGGGACUUGGAAUAUUGUUUGAGGCUGCACCUUUACCAGAUUUUCCUGCCAUAGUGCUUGGUGAAAGCAUUGCAGCAAAUAAUGCUUACAGAAAACAAAAAGCAGAGCAUGCAUCAAAAAGAAUCCAGCUGCUUUCACCCAUGACCAACGUUACUUCGGUGAGGUGUUCCUCAUCCUGUAUUUCAAAUGAUGAAUCCACAACGUCAAAUAUUCAGGAAUUAAUACAAAAACUUCAUUCUGGACUAGAGAUGAAGGAGUCAUUCACCGAUAUGAGGAUAUCUGACAUAAUGGAUGUCUAUGAGCAGAAGCUGUCAGCAUUAGCAGCUAAAGAAACUAGGCUGCAAGACCUUUUGGAAGCUAAGGCAGUAGCUCAGGCUCAGACUGAGAGGCUGAUGACUCAGUACCGAUGUCAAAGAGUCCAGGCUGAGUCCGAGGCGAGAACUCUUGCUGCAAUGUUGAAGGAUGCAGAGCGAAAAAAUGAAGAACUCAAUGAUUUGCUGCAAGCUCAGCGGACCGAAUCUGAAAGAGCCCAGACUGAUAUAGAACAGCUUUUCCAACACAACAGGAAGUUACAAACAGUUGCAGAAGAAUAUGAAGUACUGAAAAAAUCCUCUGCUGAUCAUCUUCAGAGGAUUGCUGCACAGUUGAGAGAAAGCGAAGAUCACAGAAAAGAAUUACAGCAACAGCUACAGGAGAGAGAUGGCAAAAUAGCGACUUUGCAACAGAAAAUAAAAGUUCUGGAAGAAAAACUGAAAGCACAGCAGAAAGAAAAAAAAGAUAUGGAACAAAGUAUAGAUAUUCUUAGAAAGGAACUAAGUAAAACGGAGCAAGCAAGGAAAGAGCUGAGUAUCAAGGCAUCUUCUCUGGAAGUUCAGAAAUCCCAGUUGGAAGGACGCUUGGAAGAAAAAGAAGCACUUGUAAAACUACAGAAGGAAGAAUUGAACAAACAUUCCAACAUGAUUGCAAUGAUUCACAGUCUAAGUGGUGGCAAGUUAAGUGCAGAAACAGUGAACUUCAGUUUAUAGGGCUUUGCUUUUUAGACUUCAGUAUUUUAUACAUAUGUGCGAGUAUAUGUACAGAUGUUUAAACCUGAGGAGAGCACACUGUCUGACUUGAAAAAAAAGAACCAAACAAAAAAUAG